AUGUGCCGACAGAGCAUCCCCUACAAACAGAACUUGAAAAGCCAUGGCCUAGAGGUGGCACCUGAGCAUCCAUGUCUGAAGAGAGGAACUCCACCAGAGAACCUCUGGGACAAGCUACUGCCACUGGCACCUCUCUCCAGGGCCUUGCUGAGGGUUCUUUUCCCUCCAGGAAGAAACAAACCUGUUCCAGAUGAACUGCACGGCAGGCUGACAGAUGACAGGACAGACACAGGAUGGGAGGGAGCCAGGAAACAUCUGGUGGGUUGUUUCAGACUCUCAGUUCACGAAAUCUCCCCGGGAAACUCACACCUUGCCUCCUACCAAGUUUUCAAGACAAUAAAGCUCUGCCCCCGCUGAGCUCCAUUUUUCUUGAGUAGAAAACUGUUGAAAUCAUCAGAUCCAUGACACCCACCACUCUCUCCUAAAGGUUGGAAUUUUCAGGUUGGCUUCAGACCCUGGUCUACACACUUUAUAACACCUUCUUUUGCCUGCACAGUCAGCCUGAGCAGGUGGGGGAGUCCCUCCCAGCAAUCUCCUCUGCAUUCCUGCAGCUCCCACACACAGGGCAGACCACAUGGCCAAGGGGAC